GUAGUGGUACUUCUUUUAACUUUGAGAUCAGUGAACUCGAGGACUUUACAAACUUAAGUAAAGCCCUCUGGGAGAAGAACAAGGACUACUUUAUCAAUACUGGAAAUGUUGAGAUUCCUACUAGAAAUAAUAAAAAGUAUUCGGAACUGAAGAAGAAUCUGCGUGUAGAUAUUGACGUUGAACAAGAAUUCAGAGGAAGUCAAAUGAAUUUU